UCCCUAAGGAAAAACCAAAACAAAGUCGCAUCUGACCCAACUUGUUGGAAUCGAGAGUUUUCAUCACAGAAAAAGACUAGUCCGCAAUGUACGAAGCUAGUUGCCGAUACUGCGAGUUGGGAAUAGAGGAUGACAACUACCUGGACUGCAUAAAAUGUCGAAGAAGUGUCCAUAUCAAGUGUCUGCCACAUGCAAGCACCCCGGGAGACCUUCUGGGCGAUGUCUUUUUCGACUUCACGUGCGUCAGAUGUGUGAGGGAGCAGCUUAAGAAAGAGGAGGAAGAACCCGCUCCAGAUUCCGUGAAGGAAAUCUGUGUGAGGCAGAAGAUUCCCUGGUUACUAGUGAUAACACUGACGCUCUACAAUCUUUCCAUCAAACAAAAGGGACUGGGACACCAUGGAUUCUUUCACUGGCGGACGCACAUCAUCAGCUUCGUGGACAAAAACUGGAACUACAUCUUUGGUUCAAAUAUUCGGCGGAAAAAGCAGUGGACUGGGACGGUUUCCGGAGCUCUGUCCCACAACAACCCGGAGUACUUUCAGUCGGGUCUGGACGUCUUCAAGGACCACGGAUGGUGGAAGCUGGCCAAGCCUUUUACAACCCCCAGGAGUGUUCUUAGAGAAUAUGAGAAGAAGCAACUCCAGCGCCAGCAGCUGCGCGUGGAGAAGCGUUUUCCUGCUCUGGAUGAAAAUAGCUGUAGCAGCGAAAUCUCUGUUACAGAUCACACAGAGGACAAAUUCAGAAUAUCAACCAACGAUAAUGAAUGGGGGAGCAGAGGCGAAGGGUGUGCCCGUCUUAUUCCAUUUAUGGGACGUCAGCCGAGGGUUCUGGGGUUGGCCUCACCUGAGUCGCAGCAGCCUGUGGCUGUUCCUCCAGUUCCAGUUCCAGAAACUCGGAACACAGAGUACCAGGGGGAAGAAGAGUCGGAGGCAACCCAGCAACCCUUGAGCAGCGUCCAAGCCAGCUUGAUGGAUUUUUUGGCUGAGAGUCUGGGAGGCGACGACCUCAGCAUAUUUGGCAGCCUUCCCGGCAUAAUGCCACCACCCUUAGUUGGAGCAGGAAAAUCGGAUUUCUUUAUGAAUGACACCCUACUGGAGGCUCCUACCCCCACUGAAGGCCUGUUCGAUUUUGGCAUUCCCAGCUCAAUAGAUGAAGCUAAGGGAGGUAAACUGAUCAAGGAGGAGCAAAAUGAUCCAGAGCCCAAGGAUCAGGAGGAUGAAAAGAUAGAGGACGAUGGCGGGGAGGAUGAAGACGAAGAGUCAUCCAAUUACCAGCCACGCAUUGUCCAGGUCACCAAUUACCAGGCUCAGCAGCAGAAUCAGACGAUUAAAGCCGAGCCCAUGGAGGAGGAAGUGGAGGAUGAAACUGAAAAGGAAGAACUGUACUCUAUAGAGCCCUGCCUACCAAGUGGUUUUAGCCGCAACCCCCGCAGAAACUGGCCAUGGCUUCAGGAGACCCAGGACUCGGACGACGUAUCCAUCCCCUCCGAAAAUCUCAGGCUAAUGAGUGUCCAAGAGGAGCAGAAAUUGCUCGAUACGUUGCACAGAAUCUUAUCCUUCGAGAAGCAGUGCCAGAUAUCCAUACCCGCCUACGUGCGACGGCUUUACAGAAAACUCUCCCUGCGAAAAUGGAAGAGAGAGCACAAUCGGCCCAUUUUUAACCUGGACGACCACAUCGAUCCACUGGGCAGGGCCCGGUUAAAGAGUCAGUCUCACAAAGUACUGGACAGGUACCACCUUCUGGCCCACUCCCAUCAAAGUGCGAGAAGUUCCUUCCACGCCCGCCUGGCUGGAUGCACUCAGUAUGAGCUCUUUGAGUCGCCCUACUCGAAGAGGGUUCUGCACCCCUUCAUCUUUCGCAGCGAGACCUUAGCUCCUCCGUGGCUAAAGCUCAUGUGCGAGCUGCAGCACCGAGUGAACCAGACGCACCCCACGAGGUCCACCAUAGACUUUUGCUACGUGAGGCCGCAACACAUCCCGGCGGUGAAUGCGCUGCUGCAGAGCUCUUUUUGGCCCAAUAUCGAUGUAAGCGAGUGUCUCACCUAUCCGGACUACAGCGUAGUCGCGCUCUACAAGAAGCUGGUCGUCGGAUGCGGGUUCCUGGUUCCAGAUGUCGGCUACAACGAGGCCUACAUCUCCUUCAUGGCCGUGCGCCCGAACUGGCAGAGGAGCCGCAUUGCCAGCUUCAUGCUGUACCACCUCAUCCAAACGUGCUCGUCCAAGGACAUCACCCUACAUGUGUCCGCCAGCAACUCCGCGGUGAUGCUGUACCAGAAGUUUGGCUUCAAGAUAGAGGAAAUCAUCCUGGACUUCUACGACACCUACUUGCCACUGGACUCGAAGCAGAGCAGAAACGCUUUCUUUUUAAGAUUACAAAGAUGAAGGGAGUUUAAAUAAAUCCCGUGAUCACAGA